AUGGUCGUACCUGUUGUUCUUGUUCACGGUGGAGCUGGUAACAUUGCUGACGAAACAGUUUCAGACGUCAUUUCCGGUGUUAAAAAAGCUGCAGAAAAGGGUUAUGACGUUCUAAUAAAAACCGAUUCUCCUUUAGAUGCUGUACAAGCUGCUGUCGAACAAAUGGAAGAUGAUCCUCGUUUCAAUGCAGGUACCGGUGGGGUCCUUACGUUAGAUGGAGAAUUGGAAACUGAUGCCAUUAUAAUGGAAGGAACAACUCUUAAUCUGGGUAGCGUGGGAUGUGUACGUCACAUUCUACAUCCGGUUGCUUUGGCUAGAAAAGUUAUGGAAAAUUCACCGCAUGCAAUGUUGGUUGGAGAAGGAGCUCAAAGAUUUGCUGCAGAACAAGGAAUGAAAACAGUACCUGCUUAUAGAAUGGUAACCCAAACUGCAAUUAAUAAUUUGGAAAAUUUUUUAAAAGGAAAAUCUUCAUGUGAAGAUGCAGGACUUUUUGGAAAUGGAACUGUUGGAGCUGUUGCAGUUAGUAAAAGUGGAAAAGUUGCUAUGGCAACAUCAACAGGUGGUACAACUGGAAAAGCACCAGGUCGACUUGGAGAUACUCCAAUACCAGGUAGUGGAGGUUAUGCUGAUGAUAAAAUUGGUGCUGUGUCAGCAACAGGAAAAGGAGAAUCAAUAAUGAGAGUCUGUUUGUCUAACCGCAUAUUAAAUUUAAUGGAACAAGGUAAAAAAGCUCAAGAAGCAACUGAUGAUGCUCUUAAUUAUAUGGGGUCUGUUGUUGGUGACACAGCUGGAGCCAUAACAGUUUCCAACAAGGGUGAUAUUGGAAUUGGUUUUAUAUCAAAAAGAAUGGCUUGGGCUUACAAAAAAGGUGAUGAACCAGUUGUGGGAGGAGUAAACAAACCUACAUAA